AUGACUGACAAUAGAUUACCCAAAUUACCAUUACCUCUUCAUUCUAACCAUCCUAACAGUCCCUCUGAACUUACCUCUGACACUGCCCAACCUCUUACUCCUUCAAUCGCUCCAGAACGUAUUGCUUGUAAUGGUUGUAAAAACAUCUUGGAAGAUACUGGUUCAACUGGUGAUAGUGUAGUAGUUUCUUUUGGUAAUUCACUUUGGCAUGUCGAUUGUUUUCGCUGUGCAAAGUGUCGAAACUUGGUCGAACAUGAUACAAACCUACUCUUGCUUUCUGAUGGAUCACCAGUUUGCGAGAAUUGUUCAUAUAUCUGUUCAGUUUGUAAAAAUCCAAUCUCGAAUGAAGCUAUCGUCACUGGGGAUGAAUCUUAUCAUGCAGAUUGCUUUAGGUGUAGAUCUUGUCAGAAUCGAAUUGAAGAACUUAUCUUUGCAAAGACUAGUCAAGGGAUUUAUUGUAUGACAUGUCACAAUGAUCGAGUUACUAGAUCAAGACGGCAUGCUGAAGCUAAGCGUAAUAAGUCAUCCAAUCCGAACGCCAAGAAAGAACGAGAACGUGAUCCACAUUCACCUCAACUCGCAUCCAAUAACAACUCGAAUUCCAAUUAUUUUUCAUCCCUAAACUCAUCCACCGAUAAAGCUUUGGACAAUAACUCUCACCAUGGUCAUAUGAAAUCUCCACUACCUGAUCUACCACCUUCAAGCCCUUCUCCAGGUCGGAGUGACGGCGGUGCUCUUCGAUCAAUGCGUCGUACCAGUAUCGGUAACCUCUUGGGUAUCACUCAGCAAAAGAAACGCUCUCCUAGUGCCGGUCCUCAAGAACCACCGUCCCGUCACAGCUCUCGUCUACCUGUCAAUGUGACAUCACCCACAUCACCCACCGUCCCUCCCUCCCCACCUCCCAAGGACGGACCUAUUCGUUCACCUUCAACAUCGUCCAAACUAUUCGAGCAAAUCCUAUCAACUGUAGAAUCUCAGCCUACUGGACUUCGAGCUGUACCUCCCUCCCUUCCUUUGAGUCCAGCUUCAUACCUACACGAUCAUCUCGGUGGCACCGCUCGUCCUCGUUAUCCUACGCGUCCUGCUACCUCUGAUGGAUCUCGAUCUCUCAAUAGUUCUACCCAGUCAUCGUCGAAUAUUCUGGCUCGUUCUUUUGAAUCCUCACCUCAGAUGCCUAGCCCAAAGCCAAGUCAUCCAGAUGAUGUAUCAUUUUCACGUAUCACAGAUGAUAAUCAUCAACAAAGUUCUCCAUCAAUCAAUGUACCAUUGGUCAACAUUGAUGUGGCCAAAGCAAAUACCCGACGUAGCGUGAUGCUUGGUCCAGGCCGAGGUAGAGCGACAGAUGACCUUCAUCUCGAUCAUUUGUCACCUUAUUUCUCUCGACCUGAUUUGAUAGAAGAAGAUCUAGAACCUGGCUCGUCAGAAUCAACUGAUGAACAUAAUCAUCAAAAUCAAUCAUCAAUUCCUUCAACCCCACAUCCAACUUAUCCUGAACCCAAAAACCGUAUUACAGUACCUGGUACAACAGAUCGACCUUUGUCAUUUUACGAUCCUGAAGUACUCUUUUAUUUGGAUUCAGUUGGUAAUGAUAGCAAUCCACCUAAUGGUGACCAUGAAGAUGGCGUUCCGAGCGGCGUACCACUUGAUUCUGCUGCUCUCGAUACCCGAUCUUCUACACCUGAAAUGGAACAUUUGGCCAGCGAUGAUCGACAACAGUUGCGAAGCAGACGUGAUGGAAAGGAUGAUUCGGAUGAAGUGAGCAGAAAAGUAAGAGAAUCGAUUAGCUUGAAUCGUGAUUUGGCAAAUGCGACAGGUUCUGGAGGAGAUAUGUCAUUAGAUGUAGCAUUAGUAGAACAAUUAUUAAGUUCACUUCAAAAUACAAAAGAAAGGAUGAAAGAGUUACAAAAUGAGUAUAAUGCGAUGAAAAGGGCAUCAAGAACAGCUCAUGAAGGAUUUAGUCUUGCGAGAGAAGAAUACGAUCGAGAAGUAUCUGCACGUCAAGAAGCUGAAAGCAGGAUGAGAGAAUUGAAAUCAGAAAUGUUUGAACAAGCAUCUAAAUUAACUGAAAUCAAAUCAUUAAAAACACUCGAACAAGAAUCGGAAGAAUUGAAAAACUCAGUUUCUGGUUUACAAAAACAUUUAAGUCAACUUACAAUUGAACGUGAUUUAAGAGUAGCUGAAGUAGAAGCAUUGAAUGAUAUUCAAAGUGUUACUGAAACUGAAGCAGAAUCUUCGGUUUCGAAAUCUUUAUCUGCUAAAUUAGAUUCAGUCAAACAAGAUUAUCGUGAUCAGAUUGAUGGAUUGGUUCUCGAAAGAGAUCGAUUGAAGGCCGAAAUCCAACAUUUAGCUAAAGUAAGAGACUCACAUGCUAGAGAACUUGAUCAACUUAAUCAACGACAUGAUCAAUUGAGUGAACUUAAUGCCUCAGCUGCACGUCAAUUGGAAGACACAAGAGCUAGUAUUGGUAGAUUGGGUGCCUUGUCGAGUAGCCAUGGUCAUCAACAUGUCGUUUCUCGCAAUUUGAAUGAUCAACGUGGUGGUGGUGCUCACUCUCCGUCAUCAUCACAACAAUCUCAUCUUGCUCAACAAGCACAACACGAUCUGGCAGAUGAACAAUCACCUUUACCUACUGAAGUUACAAUAGCUACUACAAGAAAGUUUAAAUGGGGUAAAACACAAAAAGCUGUGGUAGCGCCUAGACCCACACACCAUAAAGAUGGAUCAAUAAAUGAAGCAAAUGGACUGCCAUCUAGUGCAGGACCAACGGCUGGAACAAGUGGAACGACACCUACUACCGCUAAUAAUAACUCGGGACCUAAUGCAUUACUUAGUUUACCUGCUGCACUUCGGCCUCAUAACUUUCAACCGGUUAGUGCACUUAGACCAGUUCGAUGUGAUUAUUGUGGUGAUAAAUUUUGGGGUUUAGCCGAAGUGAGAUGUACAGUAUGUGGAAGUUAUAGUCAUACUAAAUGUGCACCAAACUUUUUUGGAUGUCAAAAUACGAAUGGAAAUUUAAAUAUAGAUGAAAAUUCCUCUGAAAUAGUUGAAGCUUGUAUAUUUGGAAAUGAUUUAAUCACACAAGCUAAAUUAGAAAACAAUUUAGUACCACAUGUUGUAGUGAAAUGUAUUGAAGCAGUAGAACAAAAUGGUUUGAAAUUUGAAGGAAUUUAUAGGAAAACAGGAGGAAUGUCAUCAGUCAAGGCAGUACAAAACAGUUUUGAAAAAGGUUUAAAUGUCGAUUUAAAUGAUUUGAAUAAAUUUAAUGAUAUUUCGGCCAUCACUUCGGCUUUGAAAAAUUAUUUUAGACAAUUACCUAAUCCACUUUUUACAUUUGAAUUACAUGAAGCAUUUGUAACUGUUGCAGCUAUGCCACAAGAGACAGUAAGAUUAGAAGCUUUAGAAAGAGUGGUUUAUCAAUUACCACAAAUCCAUUUCGAAACAUUAAAUGUCUUGAUGAAACAUUUGAAUCGAAUUCAAAGAUUAUCAGAUUCGAAUAAAAUGACAGCCCAAAACUUAGGAGUCGUUUUUGGUCCUACUCUUUUAAGGUCACCUAAUCCAAACCGACAGUUUUCGGAUAUGCCUCAUACUGCUAAAGUUAUUGAAUUGAUGGUGGAUCAUGCUCAGGUUAUUUUUAGGAAACCGUUUGGGACUAUUAGUAGUAAUAGUGAAGUGGGGGGGAAUGAAAAGAGUACGGGGAAUAAUGAAAAAUCAUGA